AAGGGGCAAGUUAUGUCGUUUCCGCGUACCUUUUUUUUCGAGGCUUAUAAAUAAGGAAGCGUUUUCUUCCGCAUUGUAGUGUUUAUGCCCAGAGACAAGAUGUUCGCAUUGACUUCAUUAAUUGAGCAAUUAAUUCGUGUUUUGUUGUAAAACUGUAGCCUACAGUAUGAAUUGAAGACUGUCAAGGCAUUCCUAAGAACAAUGUGAUAUCACCGAGUCCAGAAAUAAUAGCCCUCGCCGGACGAAUUCAUCCUUUACAACUUCCACAACAACGUCGAUGUUUUCUAUUAGUUUUCCAUACUGACUCAGCCAAGGUGUACUGAACUGAGGGAUUUUAAAAUGGCUGAACAAAGUCAGACCAAGGAAGAAGCACAAAUCAGGCAGAUAGAAUUACCUGCUGAGAUUAAGACCUGGACUAAAGACCAUGUCAAACAGUGGAUUCUCAAAGAGAAUCUUGCAGACACUGCCGAUGCUGAGAUCCUGCAUGGACAGGACGUUACUGGGGCCAGCCUCCUCUUGCUUGACAAGUCAGACCUCCGAGAAUUAGGCAUCAAGUUGGGACCAGCAAAACUCAUCCUUAGCAAGAGGGAUGAACUUGUGCAACUUAAAGAGGGUCAAGUUGGCAGUCAAGGCGGUCAGUCCCACAGACUCUGCAAGCCCUACCCUUUUCACAGGUACCACGAUGCCUGCCGAUACAAAUCGAACAGCAUCCUGGAUGUGACCGAGUCAGGUGCGUCGGAUUUUAUUGAACCCUGCCACGAAUUCAAAGCAUUCAUCCACACAGACAAAGCCAGCGCUGAGGACAAAAUGAAGAAGUUUACCGAUGAGGUCAUUCGCUUCGCGGCAGCCUGCAUGAACAGCCGCACCAACGGCACCAUUCAUUUUGGUGUGGGCGACUUACCAGAUUUCAUUCAUGGGCAGAUUCUGGGAGUUGUUGUUCAGGACAAAGAAGCUUUUGUGAAUGGAUUACACCGGGCUGUAGAUGGUCAUUUUGAACACAAACAUAUUGAUGUUGCGAAGAAAUGCAUUAAGCCCCCUCGAUUUGUUCAGGUCCUCAACCCGGAUAUGACAUCCUCCGAAAAUUAUGUGAUCGAGGUGGACGUAGUGCCGGCGUAUCAGGUCUGUCAAGAGGACGUCUAUCACGUCUACAGUGUCAACAAGAAAAAGGGGAGAAAAAAAGGCCAAGGCCAAGAAAAGGACAAGGACAAAGAAGAAGAAGAAGAAGAGCGCAAGUUAUUCUUCAUUCGUGAUGGUACCAGCAGCCGAGAUCUCCUGGCUCACAACAGUCAGAAGAAGGAAUACACUAAAUUCACUGAGGACAUCAAGCUGCUGUCACAGUUGAGAAGAGAAGCAGAGAACAAGCGUUUGACUGCUGUGAAAGGAAGUGUCCAGGGAUCCAGGCUCAGUGAAAUGCUAACAGGUGGAUCUCAGUCUUUGGAUAAAUCCCGCUACGAGCAGUAUUUAUUGAUAACCAACAAAUCACAUGCUAUGCAGUUGGAAUCCCUUGAAUUUCUUUGUGAGAUGAAUUUGACUGCUGUCUUGGAUUUAGACCCAGAGUCUCAAGAAAAUGGACUGUGUAAGUACUUUGAAGAGCACCGGAAGAUAAAUACCCAUUUUCCAAAGAAUUAUAAGAUUACAGAGGCAGUCGAGAACAUAGCAGAAAAACUUAAACUUACCAAGCAUACCAGUUGGGUGUUCUGCAAUGGGCAUACCAAAAAAGAGAAACCUUCAGACGCAGAUCACUGGUCAACUGAAAAAGGAGCUUCUGUACGAGGUGUUGUUUCUUUCCUGUGUCGCAAAGAUGUACUUCCUCAGAAAAGGUUCCUGGUUGUCUUCUUGUUGUUAUCCAGUGUGAACGACAGAAUGGACCCUCUGCUUGAGAUCUUCAGUAUGUUUCGGCAAGAGCUUCAAGGCACUGAACAGAUCCUGUGCAUCUGUGAGAACGAGGGAGCUUUCACUUGCUGGAAUGACCUAAUUGAGGCACUCCAUAGUCAAGACAUCUCAGCAAGGUCUAUCUAUGAGCUCAGCCUCGCUGAGGUUAAUGGAACUGUGCUGAGUUUGUGGUCAGACAAUCGCAGGUCGAGCCGCUUCCUGCCAAGUGGGGGAACCGGCAAGGUCCACCUGAGAAAAAAGGUGGAGGAAAGCUUAGACACCCUCAGCAUUCUCUGUGUCAACCAGUGUGAAGGAGGCACUGAAGAGAAGAAGUCGCUGGAGGAAAGCUUCUAUAGAGGAGAGAAGGUGUCCUGGUGGAACUUCUAUUUUGCUGAGCAGCCGGAAUCCAUGCCGUUUAUCAAGAGAGACAAGUAUGACUUCAUUAAGGACACCAUUAUUCCAGAACUAUGUUCUCUGAGGCAAGCCUGUGUGUCCUUCAACUUACUGCAUGUCCCAGGUUGUGGGGGCACCACACUUGCAAAGCAUAUCUUGUGGUCACUAAAGAACACAUUUCGCUGUGCUGUUCUGAGGGACACGGCAGAAGACUUCACUGAAGUUGCCAGGCAGGUGGUUCAGCUACUACUUUAUGAGGCAGCAGAAUGCCCCAGAAAGUUACCUGUGCUGCUGAUGAUAGAUGACUUUGAAGAAUUGGAUGCAGUAAAUGAUCUGCAGCAGUGCAUUGAUGCAGAGUUUGUUAAGAAGGACCUUGGUUCAAGUGGCCCACAAGUCAUACUGCUCAAUUGCAUGAGAACAGAAUCCAUGGAACAGACUGAAGCAACGAAGGACACUGUUUUCAUUGGGAAUACCCUUUCAAAGUCAGAGCAGGAACAGUUCCAGAAGAAGCUGAAGGAAAUUGAGAAGACGCACAAGAAUGCAGACACAUUCUAUGGUUUCAUGAUCAUGAAGAAAAACUUCUCAAGAGAAUACAUUGAGGGCAUUGCUCGAAAUACACUCAAGAACUUCAACUUUGAAAGCAAACCUGGUCAG